AUGAUCAAUGAUAUUUUAUUUAAUAAUUUACCAACAGAAGGAAUUCAAGCAUUACAACAAUUCUUAACUAUUUGGAAAGAUAAUCCUAUUCCUAAUAGUACAAUAGAAAUAACACCUCAAAAUAUUUCUAUUAUUAAUGCCGAAGGAUUAAAUGAAAACUUUCUAGAAGAAUUUACCAUUGUGCCCUUCACUGAGGAUAAUAUUAACAUAACAACUGAACAAAAUAAUGAAGUUGACAAUAAUAAUGAAUCUCUUAUUGAACAAAUUAAAAGAGACUUAGAGCAUGAAAUAGAGGAUAGAGUUCUACCGAAUUCUCCUUAUAAUGGCUCAAAUUAUGUCCAAAUUCUUCGACAAAUUAUUAGAAAAAUUCGAAUACUUGGUAAAAGAAAAGUUAAUAGAGUGAAAAGACUCGAAGCAAUAUAUUAUUUAGGAAAAUUAAAAGAUGAAAAUGAAGGAAAUAGAAAAAUUAUUCAAAAUAUUAGAAAACAGUUAACUGAACAUUUUGGAAAACAUAAAUCUGCACGUAUUUGGAAACAAGCGACUCGAAUUUAUUCAAUAUAUCAAAAAUUUGGACUACAACAACUACACAAAGCAAACUUUAUUAGUGCCUCAAUUAUUGUUGUUCAAGAAGGAGGACGAAAGUUCGAACAAGUUGGAGCCACAGAGGAAGAAACAGAAGCAUCGAUUUCAGAGACAAUAGAAGAAGGUGUAGGUGGAUUGGACAUCUGUGAAAAUAAAAGACCAAAAGAAAA